UAAUAUUAGUACGUUAUCAGUAGUCAAAAACUAACCCGAUUUAGAGAGGGGGAAUUGUAUGUGAAUUUUAUAGCCCUCUCGCUCACACGGACACUAACUCCAUCCCUUUCUAACAGGCACAUAUAAAGCGCCGCGAGAAAAAUUUCGCUUAUUCCCUCUCGUGACUCGUUAUCGUAACGUCCACGCGCGUUGUAAUAAUUUAUCGCAAUGGCUCGUACCAAGCAGACCGCUCGUAAAUCCACCGGUGGUAAAGCACCCCGCAAACAGCUAGCCACCAAGGCGGCCCGCAAGAGCGCGCCCGCCACCGGCGGAGUCAAGAAGCCUCAUCGUUACAGGCCCGGUACCGUCGCCCUCCGUGAGAUCCGUCGCUACCAGAAGAGCACCGAGCUCCUGAUCCGCAAGCUGCCCUUCCAGCGUCUGGUCCGUGAGAUCGCUCAGGACUUCAAGACCGACCUGCGCUUCCAGAGCUCCGCCGUUAUGGCUCUUCAGGAGGCCAGCGAGGCUUACCUGGUCGGUCUCUUCGAAGACACCAACCUGUGCGCCAUCCACGCCAAGCGUGUCACCAUCAUGCCCAAGGACAUCCAGCUGGCCCGCAGGAUCCGCGGCGAACGUGCCUAAGCUGUGUGCCAGUGUUUUAAUCACCACACGCUUAAACUGACACGAUGCGACAUCACCGAUCGCAGUCUACGCGAACGCAUACUGUUACAUUAUAAUUAUGUAUUAUUUUGUACAAAGCGCGUUUUGCGUUACGGACAUGCGAAAGUGAGUGACGCUUCUGUCAAAUCAAAAGGCCCUUUUCAGGGCCACA